CAUGCGCGCGGUCGCCUCCUCCUCGGGAGUUUGGGGCGUUUCGGUCGCGGACUGUGGCCGGGCCGCGGAGCGUCGGGGCAGGAGGAGGGAGCCCGGAGGCCGGGAAUGGAGUUGGUGUCAUUUGAAGACAUAGCUGUGGACUUCACCUGGGAAGAGUGGCAGGACCUGGACGUUGUUCAGCGAAACCUCUACAGGGAUGUGAUGCUGGAGAACUACACCAGCCUGAUGUCCUUGGGGAACUGUUUGGCCAAACCAGAUUUGAUCUUCAAGUUGGAGCAUGGACUUGCACCGUGGAGUGUAAAAGAAGACUCAAUUCAGAGUUUUCCAGGAUUAAAAAGUAAACAGAAAAUGUACUGGACAAAAACUGAUGAUUUAAAACAAUGGCAGAAUGCUUUUUAUCACAAGUUACAUCACACUUGUCAUCAAGUAACAAUCUCAGGUGAAAAAUUGGAUGAAUGUUGUACAGCCUUGAACUCCAAGUCACAGCUCACUAAGCAUCAACGUACUGAAACACGUGAGAAGCCAUAUGAAUGUGGGAAAACUUUCAAAUCCCAGUCAUAUCUCACUGUGCAUCAGAAUCCUUACACAAGCGAGAAGCCCUAUCAAAGUAAUGCUUGUGGGAAUGCUUUUCUUGCAAAGUCAGAUCUUAAGAAACAUCAGAAAAUUCAUGCUGUUGAGAAGCCAUAUGUGUGCACUGAAUGUGGGAAGGGCUUCAUCUUCCAGUCUGAUCUCACUGUGCAUCAGAGAACUCACAUAGGUGAAAAGCCAUAUGAAUGUGCUGCAUGUGGGAAAGCUUUCAUCAGCAAGUCACAGCUCACUAUACAUCAACGAACUCACACGGGUAAAAAGCCAUAUGAAUGUACUGCAUGUGGGAAAGCUUUCAUCAGCAAGUAUUGGCUCACUGUUCAUCAGAGAACUCACACGGGUGAAAAGCCAUAUGAAUGUACUGCAUGUGGGAAAGCUUUCAUCAGCAAGUAUUGGCUCACUGUUCAUCAGAGAACUCACACGGGUGAAAAGCCAUAUGAAUGUACUGCAUGUGGGAAAGCUUUCAUCAGCAAGUCUUGGCUCACUGUUCAUCAGAGAACUUACACGGGUGAAAAGGCAUAUGAAUGCACUGCAUGUGGGAAAGCUUUCGUCUGGAAGUCACAGCUCAGUAAACAUCAGAGAACUCACACGGGUGAAAAGCCAUAUGAAUGCACUGCAUGUGGGAAAGCUUUCUUCAACAAGUCAUGGCUCACUGUACAUCAGAGAACUCACACGGGUGAAAAGCCUUAUGAAUGCACUACAUGUGGGAAAGUUUUCAUCUGCAAGUCACAGCUCAUUAUACAUCAGAGAACUCACACGGGUGAAAAGCCAUAUGAGUGCACUGCAUGUGGGAAAGCUUUCAUCUGGAAGUCACGGCUCAGUAUACAUCAGAGAACUCACACGGGUGAAAAGCCAUAUGAAUGCACUGUGUGUGGGAAAGCUUUUGUUGCAAAGUCAAAUCUAAAUAGGCAUCAAAGAACUCACACAGGUAAAAAGCCAUAUGCAUGCACUACAUGUGGGAAAGUUUUCAUCCGCAAGUCACAGCUCAUUAUACAUCAGAGAGCUCACACAGGUGAAAAGCCAUAUGAGUGCACUGCAUGUGGGAAAGCUUUCGUCUGCAAGUCAUGGCUCAAUAUACAUCAGAGAACUCACACAGGUGAAAAGCCAUAUGAGUGCACUGCUUGUGGGAAAGCUUUCGUCUGGAAGUCACGGCUCAGUAUACAUCAGAGAACUCACAUGGGUAAAAAGCCAUAUGAAUGCGCUGUGUGUGGGAAAGCUUUUGUUUCGAAGUCAAAUCUAAAUAGGCAUCAGAGAACUCACACAGGUGAAAAGCCAUAUGAGUGCACUGCAUGUGGGAAAGCUUUCGUCUGCAAGUCAUGGCUCAAUAUACAUCAGAGAACUCACACAGGUGAAAAGCCAUAUGAGUGUGCACUGUGUGGGAAAGCUUUUGUUGCGAAGUCAUAUCUAAAUAAGCAUCAGAGAACUCACACAGGUAAAAAGCCAUAUGCAUGCAUUGCAUGUGGGAAAGCUUUCAUCUCCAGGACACAGCUCACUAUACAUGAGAGAAUUCAUACAGGUAAAAAGCCAUAUGAAUGUACUCUAUGUGGUAAAGCUUUCUUUUCCAAGUCAAUCCUCACUAUACAUCAGAGAAUUCACACAGGAGAAAAGCCAUAAGAAUGUCGUACAUGUGGGAAGGCUUUCAUUACCAAGUCAGAUUUUAAUAAUCACCAGAGAACUCACAAAGGUGAAAAGCCAUAUGAAUGUACUGAAUGUGGGAAAGCUUUCAUCUCCCAAUCACAGCUCACUAUGCAUCAGAGAAUACAUACAAUUGAGUAGACACAUGAAUGUGGGAAAGUCUUCUUUACCCAGUCACAGCUUACUAUGCAUCAUAGAAUCAAUAUACCUUGAAAAUCAUGAACAUAAUGAAAGAUGAAAACAUCUCUUCCAAGUUUUGACAGCCAUGUAUGGCAGAACUAAACAAAUGAGAAGCCAU